AUGAACAGCACCGAUGGAAUAAACAAUGAAGAUAACAGAAUAUGUCACCAUAACUUAAGAAAAAACAGGAAGCCGCGAAGCUACGAUUUCGAAUACUUUGAUGAAUCGUUAAAUAGGCAAAAGGGGAAAAGGAGGGGCAGAAAGAGAGGGAGGAAACCCAAAAAUGCUCCAAACGUAAUUAACGAUAGUGUAGACUCUACAAAUAUAGAUGAAAGGGUUAAGAGGCCAUACAUUAAGAAAAAAAGCAAAGACACGAAUGUGCACGAACAGGAAGCCACAGAAAACGUGAAAAGUGAAGAAUACAUUGUCCACAAAAAUGAAUGUGUUGAAGAUAACAAACUGCUGGACGUCCCGGCGGCACGCCCCAAAGGAAGAAAAAGAAAAAAUUUUAACAUAGACAAAAGUAUGCACCUACUUAAUUCAAAUGUGCCCCUCAGAAAUAGUAACAUAAAAAUUGACCGCAUAUGUGAAUAUCUGUCCUACCAAACGAAUACCACAUGGAGGUACAUGGGGUCGACUGUUAAAUUUAGGGUUAUAAAUGAUCAGCAAGAAAAAUAUAUUUUUUUAAAAAACAUGAAAAAGCAUAUAAUAUUUGAAAUAAUUAAAAUUGCUAUGUUCGCCCUACUCAGGGUUAAUCUGAAUGACAAUAACAUUUACACCUUACACACCGAGAUGAAGAAGAGAUCCUCUAGGGAGCAUCCCAAUAAACGCAGUAAUACAUCCAGGGGCAAACGCUCCUCGGGUGACAAAACUGCAGAAGGGAAUUACAUCCCUAGUGUCCUUCACCCCAGUGGGACAGAACAGCACGAUAAUAACCCCCGCAGUAGUAACGGUCACAUACACUGCAGCUACUACUACUACAGCAAGCAUAAGACAGGCAGUGGUGGUAGUGCUAAAGGGUUAAGGCGCGGUUCUAGCCAUGGCAGCGAAAAAGGGCAGGUCCAUCAGCGCGACACGGAUAUCCAUCAAAGUAAUUAUAACCACAGUAGCGCAGGCAUUACUCGUGGGAGUGAAAACAGUUUGAGGAAUCAACUCCCUAGAGAAAGUGAUAUGCCCCCCUCCUGCACAUACGCGCAUUAUGACUUCAUGGAAGACAUCCAUAAAAGGCUACAAGAAAAGAAUGACAUACUAAACCAAGGUGUAACUGUAUCCGAAAUUCUAGAUUUUGUAAAAGAAAAAUAUGAAAAGUAUUACGAAAAUGUUAAACAAUACAUUGUGACGACACUAAAUAUUUAUUGUGCUUUAAAUAUAUUUAAGCUGAUCAGAAGAGGCAGGUAUGCCAUUUGUAGGUUUGAGCAUUUCAACAUUUUUAAAGUGAAAUAUUUUAAAAAAUAUUUUAAGUUUUUUUAUAGCUUAAAGGGGGAGGAAGAAAUUUUGAUGAACGUUAAAAAUUAUUUGAAGUCUUUUUACUAUGGCAAGACGGGAACUCCCCAAGGAACUCCCCAAGCGACUCCCCAAAGUAGCCGCAAAGGGAGCCCCCAACCGAAACAGAAGCAGCGCAAGGAGCCCGAAGCGUGCGCCCAAAACGGGACGAUAAAGGAAGAGCAGAGGCAAAUGAACGACGACCCCCCAGAAAAGAAUAAAAGUGUUAAGCAUGAAAACGAAGCGAGAGAUAUUACCAUCCCGGUCAAUAGUGUAGAUAGCGCAACGCUGAACAGAAGAAACAGCAACGUAUCAUCGGCGAGUAGAACGGGCAAGACGGAGCCUGAUGGGGAUAAAAACGACCCCGCAGUAAGCGCACCUUUGAACGAAGCAAACAACAUUCGGAAAAACAAAAGCAGAGCGAAAAAUAGCCAAAAGGAACCAAAAACAAAGGAAAAGCAGAAAAAAAAGCAAAGCUAAAUGAAUUUAAGAUAUAAUUUUUUUAGUGGUUCCAAGAGACUACAAAGUAGAAACGUAGUGAACUACAAUGAUGAUAACUACGGCUCGAUGGGCACCAAAAAUUUACUCCUAAGAACUGAUAAUAGCGUGAAUAUGAAUGUCAACCUGAAUAAUGACGAACAAAUGGGGAAGCAACCCCAGUACGGGAAACAGAAGAAACAGAAUUACGAAGAUGAUGUAAUGAAGCAUGAAAAGUACAACUCUGUUAAUUUUAACAUCAGUUAUAAAACGUUGAGGAAAAAAAUGAUUUGCGUUAGACACUACGUAAGCACCACGAAGAAGGAAGAACGCUCGCAUAAGCCAAGGCAUGAACUGAAAGGAAAGGAUAAGCUUCCCACCGUUUCGAAUGACAGCUUGAUACGGACGUGCUCCAUAAAUUCAAACAUGUCAAACGUUGUCAGCGUCGAGGGGCUCUCCUCCAUGAAUUUCGAGAGCCACUGUUCGUACUUUGCCAAAAGGACUGCAACAGCGGAGAAAAAUAUUGCAGAUCGAUAA